AUGGCGAGCUUGAAAAGUGUGCUUUUCAUAUUCCUGAUCCUUAACGUCUGCAAGUGUACAACAGAGCCGACGGACAGCAUCAAUUACAGGACAGUAACGCUGGACGUUAACCCCUCAUCGGAACGCAGGGAAAACGUGGUAGUUGUGAAGAAGAGGGACGAAACGGGGGUGUCGAGGGCCUUCAACAAGUACGCGCUGUUCGGCACGGACAAAAACGAGUACUUUAACGUGUCUUCCGUGGUCAUGGGAGAGGAAAAGGUGCUGGUCUCGGGGCAGGAACUCACCGUCAACUACGUGUACGACGCCUACACAUACUGGAAGGGGGACCAAAUCCUAGUGAUCGCCUUUAGGUACUACUACGCGGGAGCAAGCUCAUACUACAAGUACUACAGAAGGCUCGGAAAGGACUGGAAGCAGGUGGAGGGCACGGAGUUUGAGCAGAACGGCUACGGAAUGCUGACCACGGAGAACCUAACGAAGCUCCUCAACCUGGUCGAGCUUGAGAACCCAAGGCCGCCGGCUCCCGAGACUGGCAAGGACGACACGAAGCCCCCGGUGAACAAAACCACCAUGAUAAUAGUGCUUCUGGUGAUGGGAGGGCUCCUGGUUCUGCUGCUUGCAGGCCUGGCAUUCUAUUACCUCAAGGUUUUUUUCAACUCGCCUAACCAGUAA